AUGGAUCCUAUACAGGAGUACUUCCCAGUGAAAGUCACUAUGAAGUCAAAGAUCGAGGCCCUGGAGAUAGAAACAGAAAAGAAACAUGAGUUGUGGUUCAUGGUUAAUGGAAAGCCAACUCGGUUCGAAAUGAGGGAAUUUGCCUUAAUCACAAGAUUGAACUGCGGGGAAUUCCUAGAGCCUGAUGUGUUGUUGAAAGCUUCGAAGAAUCUAAGAUUGUUGGAGCAUUUUAAGACCCAAGUAGUACUUGUUGCUGAUUUAAAAAAAUUGCUCACAGAAAACAAGAUAAAAGGUAGCGAUAAAGCAAAGAUCGCUAUCAUUUAUCUUUUAGCACAAGUAUUACUAUCUGGGGACGAGAAGAAGACCGUCCCACUGGAAUGGUUGUCGUACGUCGACGAUUUAGAUUUCUUUAACAGCUAUCCAUGGGGCAGGGUGUCUUUUGAAGGCACUUUGUGGUCAUUAAGGAAGAACCUAAGGGAGAAAUUUCAGAAAUGGGUUCGGAAAAGAGGUCAUAAGAGCAUCAAGGAAACCUACUCAGUAUGUGGGUUUCCUUGGGCCUUCUAG